CACAACCUUCUUCAUGGCGGCACAGAAAGAGACGACAGAGCAGAAUGAUGUUGUGAAAGAAAGGUUGUGUUACGUCAAGUCCGCCAUGAAGGAAGGGAAUGAAUGUAUUAAUGGUGAAAUAAAUGGCUUGAAAAAUGAUGUAAAUAAGACAAAAAUUCUUAAUUCAUCAGAAAUAAAAAAUGGUUCUUGUGAUAUUCAGGAAAAGUUGCAUUCUGUAAGGACAAAACAAACUGAAUCCUCUGAAAGAAGUAUAAAUGAUAAAUCUGAUGGUGAUUUACAUACUGUGUUAAAUGGUAAAAUUCCUAAUUCCUCAAGGGAAACAACUCCCUCUGACAAUUCAAGAGAGGGGACACCUAUUUUAAAAAAUUCUAGAAAUAGUUCAAGAAAUAGUACACCGGUAGGUGAUUCAAGGUGUAUUACACCAACAAAUGCAAGUAAUAUGGACAAUAAAGAAGAGAAGUCCAAGGACACAAGUGUUUCUGUAAAACCUAUAACAAAAAUGCCUAAAGCUCGCAAAUCUGCACUCCCCAUUUCAAAACAAUCACAGGAUAUUGUUGCUAAAAACUUAGGACUGCCUCCAUCUAACUUAACAGUUAAGCUUCCAGAUUUUGAUAGUCCUAUUAAGUUGAAUUCUAGUAUGCUGGAAGAGUUGAGCAACUUGGGGCGAAGUAAUAAAUCUAAAUCUCUUGGAGGACAGAGAACAAGGGCAUCAAUGGGUGGAUCAUUGAAUCCACCAAAAAUAAUGCGCCAGAGAGCUACAAUGGGUAGUUCGAUGGGGAAAAGUGCUAAACCUCCAAGUAAAAUGCCAAAAUUAUUUCCCAGUGUGGAAAAAGAGCCAACAAGUUUAGCAAUAUCUGUAAAAGAAGAAUCAAAUGUGACUAAUUCAUCUGAUCUUCCAAAAGCUGAAGGAUCAAAAUUGCUCAAAAUAAGAUCUCAUAAGCGUAAAAAACGUUUAGGAACAUAUAAAUUACCUCUUGAAAAGAAAAAAAGUAAAACUGUAAAAAAGAAGGAAAAAAUAGAUGGGGAAGAGGAAGAAAAUGAAGAAAAUGACAUUUGUUUGAAAGAGGAAAAUCAAGAUGAUAGUUUUAUAACAACAGACAAUACAGACUGUUCUAUGGAGAAUGAAAGUUUAGAAAAUAGUUUAUUACGGACUCCAAAAGAUUCAGGAAAGACUAUAGCUCAUAGGACUAAAAAUACCUUAGGUAGUACACGCCAGGGCAGGACCCCACCUAGUGCAAAGACUCCACCAAGUUCAAAAAAAUUACAUGAACAUAAAGGAAAGCCUAUUACAGAAUAUUUUUCAGUGAAAUCUCCAAACUCUAGUCAAACUAAUGGGAGAACUUGUGAAGAUUCAGAAAGUCUAGAAAGUAAUGCUGGUGUCCGAAAAAGAAAGAAAGAAGAUGAAGAUGAUCAUAUAGAAUGUAAUAGCACAAAGUUAGAUCCAAAUUGCACAACAGGUAAAAAGAAACGGAUAGAAGAUCCCAGGAUUUCACCAUCAGCAGUUACAAAAUCCACGUCAAUGCCAACACCAACUAGUAUGAGAUCAAUACUGCCUAAAUCUAUUAAGCCUCUUGUUGCAUUCCCUCAAUCACAAGGCAGUACACCAGUUUUAUUGACAGUGUCUAAUCCAAACACACCACAAACAUUAGGAAAUCAACAACAGGUCAUUUUAUUAUCGCCAAACAUUUCACAGCCAUUGGUAACUGUGUCUCAACCGCUCAUUGCAUCUACAUUUCCACUAAUUUCCAAUCCUAUGAACUCUGUAGGACUACCUCCAUUGGAUCCACAGCCAGGUCCAGAUAAUUUUGCCUCUUCAGCUUCUGACCAGGCACCAGUUUUACAUAAGGUUAUUCCACAGGAUAUGGAAGGUGUAAAUGAUACUGAGGCAUCAAAAGAUUCCCUGUCAGUUUCAAGCGAAACCAGCUAUCCUGUUACACCACCCAAAACUCCUGACGACCAACUGAGUGAAGAUUCUUCAAUGUCUGCUCCUCCUGGACCAACCCCUCCAGACAAAGAUGUAAUACCUUUAUGUUGUUGUAAAAUAAAUGGUGCUAGUUUCAAAAAGCUUGGUUCAACUGUCACAUAUUGUCAAGCUCUAGAUUCAAUGGAUGGCAAGGUUAUGGGUUGUUGUAAUAAAGUGACAAACUACCAGUUAAUACGACCUGGUGUCAAAAUUCCUUUCAUGGCAAUAUGUGAAGCUCAUAGAAAAAGACUGAGGUUACAUGCUUGUUGUCCUGGCUGUGGUCAUUUCUGUACACAGGGGAAGUUUUACCAAUGUAGAAAAGAAGGUGCCCAGUCUGUACAUUAUUUUCAUCAUCAGUGCCAGGUGGUACGGAAUGGUAAAUAUUUCUGUCCUCACUGUGGCGAAGAAUCUCAUCAGGUUGAAGCCAGCCUUGAGCUUGAAGAGCCUAGAGUUGUGUCCAUGGUUGAAGAUAAACCGGCAAAAGCAUCAAGCAGAGAACGAGCCAGAAUGGGUUUAGGAUCAAAGUUUGCUGCCGCAUCAGAUAAGGAUGAUGAGGAAUCGGCGACAGCCAGUUUCAAAUUGUCUGGGUCAGAUAAACUUAUAUCCACUGGUGGUAUUUCAAUGGGACCAGAAAAAACUUUAUUGGAAAGAGUGCUUAAAAGUAUGAUGCAAGAAAGACCUAAAAAAUAUAGAAAUAUGUCUAAGUAUCUGUAUAAUGCUGCAUAUGAAGCUGACAUAGAAAAAGUAAUGUAUAUGUUGGAGGAUGGCCAAAAUCCAGAUGAUGUAUAUGAGGAAUAUGAAAAUCAGACAGGAUUACAUGCUGCAGCGAUAUCAGGGAGCUUAAUUAUACUGCAUAUACUUGUACAGGCUGGAGCUUCAAUUAAUGUUACAGAUCAGUUCCUGAAAACUCCAUUGAUGUAUGCAGCUGAAAAUAAUCAUGAAUCAUUGGUGAAAUACUUAAUGAAGAUUAAAGCAGAUGUAAAUGCUAGGGCAGAUGAUGGAAUGACUGUGUUACAUUAUGCUGCAAAGGCUGGACACAAUAAUGUGAUAAAAAUCCUGCUGGAUACAGGUGAAAUAGAUAUUAAUAUACAGGAUGAUGGUGGCUGGACUCCCAUUAUCUGGGCAUCAGAACAUAAGUUAGUUUCUACAGUUAAAUUUCUUCUUAACCAAGGAGCUCAGUCCACACUAAAAGAUAAAGAAGAAAACACUAGUUUACAUUGGGCAGCAUAUUCAGGCAGUGUAGAUAUUUGUGAAAUGUUUUUAAAUGGUGGCUGUACAUUGGAUGCUCCAAAUGAACAUGGAGAUAGACCAUUACAUAUUGCAGCUAGACAGAAUCACUAUGAAUGUGUUGUGUUAUUUUUAGCAAGAGGAGCUGAUGUUGAGUUGAGAAAUAGUGAAAAUGACAGUCCAAUACAGUGUUGUUUGGACGAGGACAGUCAAGUUUGUCUUGCUCUGAAAGUCAAUAAACAGUUAAAAGGUUUUGCUGCCAGUCGUACUGGAAGAACAGAAAAAUUAAUACACAGAGAUGUGUCCAUGGGUAGAGAGAACAUUCCAAUUCCGGUUUAUAAUGGUACAGAUGAUGAACCCUUACCUACAGACUAUCAGUAUGUCACUGCAAAUGUAGAAACUGCUGAUCUUCAUAUAAACAGGACAAUUAGUAGUCUCCAGAGUUGUCGUUGUUCUGAUGAUUGUUCCUCUAUGUAUUGUGUAUGUGGUAGAAACAGUAUCAGAUGUUGGUAUGACAAGACAUAUCAUUUAGUGCCAGAAUUUAACAUGUCCGAGCCUCCAUUGAUAUUUGAAUGUAAUGUUGGAUGCAGAUGCUGGAGUACUUGUAAUAACCGAGUCGUUCAAAAUGGAAUUACAUGUCGAAUGAAAUUAAUUAGAACAGAAGGCCGUGGCUGGGGAGUUAUUACUUUGUUAGAUAUACCCAAAGGAUCUUUUAUUUGCGAAUAUAUUGGGGAAUUGUUAUCUGAUUCUGAGGCAGACAGCAGAGAAGAUGACUCCUACUUAUUUGACCUGGACAACAGAGAUGGUGAUACCUACUGUAUUGAUGCACGUAGAUAUGGUAACAUAAGUAGAUUUAUUAAUCAUCUCUGUGAACCAAACAUCAUUCCAGUUAAAGUAUUUGUGGACCAUCAAGAUCUGAGAUUUCCUAGAAUCUGUUUUUUCUCAUCAAGGGAUAUCAAAGCCAAUGAGGAAUUAGGGUUUGACUAUGGUGAGAAGUUCUGGAUGAUAAAAUGGAAGCAAUUCACAUGUGCCUGUGGCUGUGUUAAAUGCAAAUACAACUCAGAAACUAUCCACAAAACUAUAGAGGAGUAUAAACAAAGACACGAAGAAGAAAAUAUAGAUUAGUUUUACUUCCAAAAUUGUUUAUAGUUCAUGAUAAUUUCAAUGUACAAAAAUUUAUUUUUGUAGCUGGGUUAAUGAAAUUCUUUGAUAAUGAUGCAAUAAAUUUUGUUAUAAGAACCAUAAACUGUUAAUGAUCAUGAUAAAUUCUGUAUGGGAUUAAAAAUCUCUCAUUAUGAAUAAUUUCCUAAUCUGGAUUGAAUAAAAGAUUACUUUAAAGUCUUCGAAAUUGAUACAUUUGUGAUCCUUAUACAUAUUUGAUAUCCCCAGUGCCAUUAAAAGUAUCUGUCACCAACAUUUUAGGAAAAGUUCUAAACACUCACUUAGAGCAAAGUAUUUGCAUUUGGUCAGGAUUUCACUUUUAUAAAAUUUUGUAGCAUUUAUCUUGGUUUUGAUAUUAAAAUUAUACAGAAUUGAAAUACUGGCUUACUGAUCUUGCAUUGAUUUUCAUUUGAGAAUAAGUAAUUGCUUUUCAUCAGGUACUUUCUAUACUAACGGGACUCGUCUAUAUUGACUUAAAUAAAUAUCCGCCUCCUGUGUAAAGCUACCACCCAACAAUCUCUGAUAUACGAAGCUAGUAGUUAUUUGCACAUUUCUAGGUACAUUGUAAUUUAAUAUUUUUAAUAUAAAAUCUGAUUAAUAGCCAGUUACCAUGACAAAAAAUAUAAGAUUUUAAAAGAAUGUUAAAUUAUUAAACUGAGACAUAUUGUUUUUAAGAAUACUCCAGUCGUGCAAAAGGGGUGACAUAUUGAACAAGAUUGCGGCCACUUGAAAUUUACUAACUAAAUACAUCAAAGUUCAAAGGUUAUACUUUAAA